GAUUAAUUAUAACUCUAACUUGCAGUAUUAUUAUUAUCAAAAUUUACGGGAUGUGUUGAAGUGUCUCCUAGGUCUUAUUCGUUUAUCUAUGACAGAUGUGAUAUAAAACGUAGAUAAUAUAUGCUUCUGAUAGAUUCUUUAGCAUAGACUUAGUUAAUCGUACUGAUGACAAACAUAUAGAUUUUGACAUGUUUUCAGGAAUUUUUGAUGGACAUAGAACCAAUCAUAUUUCAUAAAAAUUGAAUCAAUAUAAAAAAGAAAUUAAAAUAUUUUGUAUAGGUAUGACAAAUGUUCGUUUCUCAUCAUUAGCGGAUUAUCGUGAUAUUGAAACGACAAAUUUUCAGAGUGACGCAACACAAUCAGGUUUGACAUUAGAAGAAAUUAUGGCUUCUAUCUAUGCAAAAUCACGAGAUAAUGCUCGUACGCCAAUGCAAUGGUCGGCUAAUUUACCACAUGCUGGUUUUACUAAUGGUGUAGUUGAUGUAACUCCAUGGAUAAAUGUUAAUUCAAAUUAUACCGAUAUUAAUGUUGAACAAGCUUUAAAUGAUCCACAAUCAUUAUUUUAUUUUUAUCAAAAACUUAUUCAAUUACGUCGAGCAAUGCCAAUUAUUGUACAUGGAAAAUAUGAAAUUUUACAUGAAGAAAAUACACAUGUAUUUAUGUAUAAACGUUAUGAUGAUAAUGGACAAGAAAUAAUUAUUGCAUGUAAUUUUAGUCAACAGCCAAUUAUAAUUGAUGAUGCACAACUUAAUGAAAAAAUUCAAAAACGUAAACAAAUAUUAAUUACGAAUUAUGAAGAACAUUUAAAAUCAGAUUGGUUGGAUUUUCGGCCAUAUGAAGCAUGGGCUAUAGAAAUCUAA